GCUGUCAUUUUCUACCAAGCCCACUGUACUUGCUUCACGCGAGGAAAGUGAUACAACUAUUAAUGUGAUGAAAUGGAAGACAGUAUCAACCAUUUUUCUAGUUGUGGUUUUGUAUUUAAUUAUUGGAGCUACUGUAUUCAAAGCCCUGGAGCAGCCACAUGAAACCAGCCAGAGAACAACUAUUGUGAUCCAGAAGCAAAUGUUUGUGUCACAGCAUGCCUGUGUGAAUGACACCGAACUAGAAGAUCUAAUUCAGCAAGUUGUGGCAGCAAUAAAUGCAGGAGUCAAUCCUAAAGGAAAUAUGCCAAAUCAAGUCAGUCACUGGGAUUUGGGAAGUUCAUUCUUCUUUGCGGGGACUGUUAUUACCACCAUAGGAUUUGGGAACAUCUCACCACGUACAGAAGGUGGAAAAAUAUUCUGUAUCAUCUAUGCCUUACUGGGAAUCCCUCUCUUUGGUUUUCUGUUGGCCGGAGUUGGAGAUCAACUAGGGACCAUAUUUGGGAAAGGAAUCGCCAGAGUAGAAGACACAUUUGUUAAAUGGAAUGUGAGUCAGACAAAGAUCCGCAUAAUAUCAACAAUAAUAUUCAUACUGUUUGGCUGCGUUCUGUUUGUUGCUCUUCCGGCAGUCAUUUUCAAGCACAUAGAAGGCUGGAAUACAUUAGACGCAAUAUAUUUUGUAGUUAUCACCUUAACAACAAUUGGAUUUGGUGAUUAUGUUGCAGGGGGAUCAGAUAUUGAAUAUUUUGACUUUUACAAACCAGUUGUGUGGUUCUGGAUUCUGGUGGGUCUUGCAUAUUUUGCUGCUGUCUUGAGCAUGAUUGGUGAUUGGCUAAGAGUUAUAUCUAAAAAGACCAAGGAAGAGGUGGGCGAGUUCAGAGCUCAUGCAGCCGAGUGGACAGCCAAUGUUACCGCAGAGUUCAAAGAAACCCGGAGGCGCCUGAGUGUUGAGAUCUAUGACAAAUUCCAGCGGGCUACCUCCAUCAAAAGAAAGCUCUCUGCAGAAAUGGCAGUGAAUCACAGCCAAGACCUGACCCCUUGCAAAAGAACCUUGUCUGUCAACCACCUCACCAGCGAGAAAGAUCUCUUGCCUGCCAUCACAAAGACAGAUAGCAUUUAUAUGAAUGGCUUGACUCCUCACUGUGCAGCGGAAGAAAUUGCUGUGAUUGAGAACAUUAAGUAGAAUGACUUUGAAGCCUGAUCUUUUAAUAAGAAGCCACCUAUGGUUUAGACUUACCUUGUAGGUCCGAUUAUUUUCCCUCUGUCCAUAACCGAUGCCAAUAGCAUUUUUUAAAAAUCAUAUGCAUGAGUUCCAACAGAAAUCUACCCACAAUAUGGAGUCAUCAUUAUAUUUCUUGAAAGACACAAGAUGAAUGGCACUUUGGUCAUUGACAAAUGCUGGACUAAGCAAUGUUCAAUGCCUUUUUUUAAAAAAAGUAUAUAUUGGUGCCCAGACUGGUUUUUUGUUUUUCUUCAUCUCUCCUGUUGCGCCGUAAGGCGUUGAGAAUGAAUAAUGUUGGUUUAGGUUAACAAUGUAGCUUUGAGAGAUCAGUCCUUAAACUUUUCAGGGUCUACCAUGCCAAGCCUAAGAAAGGACCAUACAUGGACUACAAUCUAUAUGUAAAUGGCAAGAAAAUCUU